AUGACUCGAGAUAUUGGUUGGAGGAGGCUUGACAGAGUUGAGGGUUUGAAGGAAAAUCUGAAGUGGAAAGAUCCUCAAGAGGCUUACAUAGCAGUUGAGAUAUUAAGCGAGGUGGCCUGGUCAAUCGAAUGGUCUCCACCGGGGGGUCCCUUAGUUUUGAGGCGUAAAUCAAUAUCUGCGCCAGUAGAAUUUCAGUUGAAGCUGAGCGGUAGGAAGAAAGCUGAAGCCUUGGUGUUCGUAGGAAGCAUUUGCGUUGUCCAGUGUAGAUCGCAGGAUUCUUCUUUACGAUGA